AUGUCCAUGCGUGCUCUCUUCUCCGGGUCGACUUCCUCCCCUGCGACCGCCAAAACGCCCCCUCCUCCGCCUCCUCCUAUUCCCACCUCCUCUGCCAAUACCACCACCGUCGCUGCUGCCGCAGUGACUCCGACUGCCAACACUUUCUCGCCGGGGUCUUCGCCGUCGACGCCCGCCGUAUCAAUAUCCUCCCCAGACGACUCCUUUCCUCGCCGCAUAAAGUCCAAAUCAUCCUUGCGCAGUAUCCGGAGUCUUGGGAGCAGUCAUCACGACGACGAACAACCACAACAACAACAACAGCCCUGGGAUAGUCCCGAGCAGACCCCUGCCAGUCUUGAUAAGACGCUUGUCCGCCCGUCCUUUCUCCGACGUUUAUCCCCGGGGUUGGCUGCGCGUGUGAAACAGUUGGACGGGAGUAACAAGUCGGCAACCUCGUCUCGCAACAGCCCUAGCACCAUCGGUCGGAUUCCGCAAGAGCACAUUAAGGAGCUGGACAGUCUGCACCAGAACUUGUCGAAUAAUCAUAAUCAUAAUAAGGGGAAAAAGAGUACAUCCAGCUUAGGUGAUUCGUUGAUGGAAGACCCUGUGCACGAACCAGAAUCGACAGAAGCAGUUUUUUCAGAACACGCAGAAUCGCUUCCACAGCCGCGCCCUCGUCUUCUAGCGGCACGAUCCGAACCAUCAGAGGAAACACAUCCGUCAGUCGCUGACGAGGCUGAACACGACCCGCCUGCGGCCAUGGCUGUGGCUGAGCCUCUUCCGGAACCUGUGGCCCCAGAACCAGAAGCAAAUGGCUCUAACGAGGAACAGACUGAUUUCGAAAAGUACAUCCAGAGUACUAGCGAAAAUGAGACGAAACCUGCCCCUCCGGCUCCUUCCAGAGACUCCCCCGCCCCAUCAUCGAGCGCCUCAUCGAAUACGCAGUCAUACUUCAACCCCCAUGGCCUUCAUCGCACGGAAUCGAUAUACUCGUUUUCGCGAGCCUCCUUUAGUAACCAACUUUCCCAACUUACUUCGAUUAGUCUACCGCAGCCAUCGACCCUCGAGACCACUAUCAUGCAAAUACCUAAUGCCCCCAAGGCUGUCCGGGCUUUGACAGGAGCAUCGGAGCAGAUUCAAAUCUGGAUCAGGAAGGCGUCUGACGUGCUGAGUGGCAUGGAUGCUGAGGAUGACGUGGAGUGGGCGGCUGCUGGCGGCCGAGAGGGACUGGAUGGCGUGGACAAUGCCAUCAAGCGGUUUGAAGGCUUGGUGAAAAUCUAUGUCAAGGCUAUUGAGGAGGUGCAGUUACGGGAAGAUAUCAACGACGUCGACCCACAGGGUCUGAAGACCAUCGUCACGCAAAUGGACACCAUCCUGCAGAGCUGGGCACAGAUCAAAUCACGACUCAAGGGCGUCAAGGAACAGGUCGAGCUGGCGAUGGAAUGGGAGGAGCUGUGGAGUACCGUGCUGGGCGAUGUAGGCAUGGAGGUUGAGAACCUGAGCCGACUGAUUUUCGAAAUGGAGGAGAAGCGGCACUGGACUAUGUCCGGGGCUGAUCAGGAAUCUCACGGUGGUCUGGACAUCAACGAAUUAGAGACUAUUGUGGAGGAGACGCCGUCUGGGGGUAACAUGGCCAACAACAAACGGUUCAGUACUGGUCCGAUUUAUGCGGCACCACCGACCUUGGAUACGCCUCUUAUUCAAACGCCCCAAGAUGACACCAACCAUUCCAACCUUAUGGCUCUCUUUGCACGAAUGCAACCGCUGCGCGCCUCCUUGGACUUUCUGCCAAUGAGAAUGUCCAUGUUCCAAUCACGAGCGGAGAGGAUCUUUCCUAGUGCUUGUGAGGAGUUGGAGGAACGGCGAAACCAGCUGGAGAACAGCUACAAGGUCUUGGAGGCAGACGCGGAAGCCGUACGGAAGGAGCUCAGUGAGGAUCGAUGGAUUUUGGUGUUCCGCAACGCCGGUAACCAGGCGCAGAAGAUGUUUGAGUCUGUUGAGCGGAGCAUUGCCAAACUCCAGGAGGGCUUGGAGGCAGGUGCGCCAGCGAACAACCCGGCUGGGCUGACGAAACGCAUUGAGAACUACGAGGCUAAGAAGCUACACUACGUGUCGGCCAUUGAGCGUGUCACUACUAUCGUGCAAAAGGGUGUUAGCGAUCGACUUACGGUGAACGGCGAGACUUUGAGGCUGUUGUCUGAUAUGAAAGCGAGAACCGAUGCGCUGAAAGCAAGCAUCAAGGUUAUGGACGCCACAUUGGAGGACAUCAAUUUCGUCAAAACGCAGCAAUUGCGUGACUCCAUCUCGAGCAUCGUCACCAUGGACAGCCCGGCUACAAAUAGCAUCCCUGAUACCACACCGGGUAGCUCGCCUGCAUCGUCUGUAGUGCUUUCCGGAAGUGCUACUACACCUAUGGGCUCCUCCAGCCGACGUGGUAGCUCAGUAGGCAGCGUAGCCCGGACAACCAUGUCCAAGGUUCGACGAAUGUCCGGUCUGCCACAGCCCGCGCCUACUACGGCGGGUAAGAAAACCGCCAUCCCCAAGCCCUCGCUCGCGGCGCCCCAGCCUAAUGUCGCCGCUACGCCUACUCCUGCGUCGCGAAGGCAAUCGCUCCGUCCCACUCCAUCUCCCUUGAACAACCGUCCGCGCUGGACCAGCAGUACCAACACUAGAGACUUGGACGUCGGGCAUACCUACAAGCCCUUUUCUAGCAACAACCCUGCUAAUCGCAAAUCCUCCGCUCCAACAGGUCGCACCUCGCGGCCUUCUUCGACUAUUCCAUUCAGUCCUUCUCGUCGGGAUUUCUCUGCCUCUCCUGCACCACCUCGCUCUGUGAGCCGCUUUUCGUCCAGAUUCUCGCGCAGUCCCGCACGCGCUGAAUCUCCUACCCCACGCUCCAUUCUCGAUCCACCUCCCUACAGCAAACUCCGGAAACCCUCUGGUCAAUCAGAGGCCGAAUAUGUUAACGCGCCUCGCAACAGGCAGAGCUUCGCCGGCUCGUUCUCGCGGAGUGUCUCGCGCGAUCCUGGCGCAACCAGACUUAGCAGCCCGACCAAAGGUAACCGACCGGGUACGUCCCUCGGCCAUUCAGGGAACCGACGGAUCAGUUUACUUCCGUUGCCUACGCCGCGCAGCGGUCGUGAUAGUGCCGCGGGGUCGCGGAGUAGACUGGAGCAACGGCCGCCGUGGCGGUAA